AAGUCCUGCCGCGGCUCGUCCAGCGGCUGGAGGGCAGGUGAAAGAAGAGGGCGUCCCUCCAGCGCCUGGCAUGGGGUGGUGGCGGUGCCUCUCGUUGCCGCUGCCCCUCUGGAGCCCCCGCAGCCGCGCUAGGCUCCUGCUGCUGCUGUUGACGGUGCGCCUGGGGAACUGUAGCACUGAUAAAAAUGAUGAUGAGGAUGAUGAAGACCUAGCCAGCAACAAGACAUGGGUGCUGUCCCCAAAGAUCCAUGAAGGAGAUGUAACUCGUAUACUGAACUCUCUACUCCAAGGCUAUGACAACAAACUUCGGCCAGAUAUUGGAGUGACAACCACCGUAAUUGAAACCGAUGUCUAUGUUAACAGCAUUGGUCCCGUUGAUCCAAUUAAUAUGGAGUACACCAUAGACAUAAUUUUUGCCCAGACUUGGUAUGACAGCCGCUUGAAAUUCAACAGCACCAUGAAAGUACUUAUGCUAAAUAGCAAUAUGGUUGGGAAAAUCUGGAUUCCAGAUACUUUCUUCCGAAACUCGAGGAAAUCAGAUGCCCAUUGGAUCACGACUCCAAAUCGCUUGCUGCGAAUUAGAAGUGAUGGACGAGUAUUAUAUACCCUCAGGUUGACAAUUAAUGCUGAGUGUUACCUUAAGCUCCACAACUUUCCGAUGGAUGCACAUUCCUGCCCGCUGGAGUUUUCAAGCUAUGGAUACCCCAAGAAUGAGAUUGUAUACAAAUGGAAGAAAACCUCUGUUGAAGUGGCAGACCCUGAAUACUGGAGAUUAUAUCAAUUUGCAUUCAUAGGUUUAAGAAACACAACCGAUAUCUCUCGUACUCAGUCUGGGGAUUACGUUGUCAUGACGAUCUUCUUUGAUCUGAGCAGACGCAUGGGGUAUUUUACGAUUCAAACAUACAUUCCUUGCAUACUGACUGUUGUUCUUUCCUGGGUCUCAUUCUGGAUUAAUAAAGAUGCAGUGCCUGCAAGGACAUCCUUAGGUAUCACCACCGUAUUGACGAUGACCACACUGAGUACAAUUGCAAGGAAGUCUCUUCCCAAGGUUUCUUAUGUCACAGCAAUGGACCUUUUUGUCUCGGUGUGCUUCAUAUUCGUUUUUGCUGCCCUGAUGGAGUAUGGCACCUUGCAUUAUUUCACCAGCAACAAAAAAGGAGCCAAAAAGAAUGACAAGAGAGUAAACAAGAAAACUUCGAAUCCACCUGCUCUUGCUGUCCGCCCUGGCUCAACAUUAAUUCCAAUAAACAAUAUCCAUCACCUUCAAGAGCAUGAUGACCAUUAUGGCUAUGAGUGCCUUGAAGGUAAGGACUGCACCAGCUUCUUUUGUUGCUUUGAUGACUGCCGCACAGGAUCUUGGCGAGAAGGAAGAAUACACAUCCGGGUGGCCAAAAUUGACUCCUACUCUCGGAUCUUCUUUCCCACAGCUUUCACCCUGUUCAACCUCGUUUACUGGAUUGGUUACCUUUACAUGCAACCAAAAUACUACAUCAAGUGAUGGUUAUUUCUGAGCUCCUUCUGUCCUGUAUGUUACCCAUGUUGUAUGUUUUAAAGUUUUUUGUUAAAAUUUUACUUAAUCUACUCUCAACUGCCAUUCAAAUUGGAGGACAAAAGUCUGCAAAAGAUAUCUAUUCCCAAUUAUCUACAGGAUAAACUGAAGUUCAGUAGAACUGUGCUCAGGCCUAGUUCCUAUACUCCUAAAGCUGACCUGUUAUCCCUGCUGUUUAGUCAUUUUCUAUGCUACACUGGAACUGAAGAGAUCUCAGGGGAUGGAAGAGACUAUGACAUCAUCGAAUAACUCCAUUGUCGGUCCUUUCCAGUUGAUCACAUCAGAUGAUACAAGUGACAACUACAGCGUUUAGAUGACAUAAGAAUCAACUUUAUUUAUACUAUCAGAUGAACUGGUCGUGAUGUAUGAUGUAUAUACACACCUUCAAUAUUUUUUUUUCAAAGUAUUUGCAUCCCACUUUUUGAUCAGGGAUCAUCAAAACAGCUAACACCAUUUUUAAGACAGGAUUUUUACAAAUCAAGUAUCAAAAUAAAAAUUAACCAAAAAAAACCCCAAACCCCACAACAUUGUUAAACUAAACCACCCCACAGGAACAUACCAGACACCUGUUAGCAGAAGAGAAGAGAAAUUAACUCAGGCAGGAUUUGAAGCCCUUCUUUUAAAAUGUCAUUGUCACUACUUGCUGAAAGAUGCAGGGGACAAGCAGAUUUCCAGAGUAUCAGCAUUCCAUUACAUUGUGGAUACCACCCAAAGGCCCUAAAAUACAUUCUAUUAAGAUGGACCUUGUAUGAUGAGGGGAUGCGUAACAAGUCUCCAGAUGUUGAUUUGAGAGGUCAGACAGGAGUAUGUGAUAGAAGUGUUAUUUGUAAUGAAGGAUUCUGUUUCAUAUCUAUAUAUAUAAAAAUCUAUCAGUUCAUUUUUCUGCUGACAGAUAAUCUCCCAAACUACUGGACCGAUUGCUUUGAAAUUUUCACACAACAUCGCA